CCUAUUGGCUGCUGGCGCUGUGAAGCUGCCUGUCAACAAGAUGGCCUUCCUCAAUCGUUAUUCAAAGACAACGAAACUGCAACUGUUUUAAUUCGACAUUACUUGUUUUUAUAUAUAUAUAUUUUUUUUAUUUAAAACGACACCACUCUAAUAAGUCAAAGCGCAGUCAAGACAUUGUGUAGCUGAAGAGAACAUAGCGAGAUCAGGAGAGUGAGGCAGGACGACUUCUCUGGAUCUCCAGCUCACUGGCUAAUGUUGAUAGUGAUGUAGCAGCAGCAGCCGACCUGUGACACUCCGGCCUUGUUUUUUCUUUUUCUUUUCUUUUUUUAAAUUCAUGUUUUUAGAGACAUUUUUAUGCGACGUUAGUGAAUUGUUUAUAUAUUAUUUCUUUCAUUGUUGUGGGAGAGCUGCUGGUCGGAGCCCAAACACGUUGUUUGAAAGUGAUAAUAAAAUCCACCAGAGGAGGAGCGAGUUUAUAGAGAGCUGUAUUUCCUACGAGCAUGGCUGUUUGGUGGUCGUCUGGUCAGGCUCCGUUCACAACAUGGCGGUCGAGGAGAUUGAAACCUUUUUAUGGAUGAGGCCAUGAACAACGAAUAUGACGGGUGAAGAGCAAAAGAACCGCCCGGCGUAGCGGCAGAUAUGCUCUCCAGGGGUUCAUGAUGAACCGCGACACCUUUUCCCACAUCCGGCUGUGGUGCCCGCGUCCCUUCGGCACCUACUCGCAGAACAAGCCUUACAGUAAUGGGACGAUCGGGGGCGGGACAGCAUCUGCUCUGUGUAAAGCAGACACUGCUGGCUGUCCGUCCAUAGACGAUAGCGGAGAUGCUGAGGAACAUAAUGAGGAUGUGGGCACUGAGAACACCCCUCCUGCCCCAUCGCCCAACCUACUGGCACCCACACCCCCUGCACCACCUUCCUCUGCUUCACAAAUGGAAGACGGCAGGGUGUUGCUUGAUACGUGGUACGUCAUCAAACCAGGCAACACCAAGGAGAAAAUUGCUUUUUUUGUGGCUCACCAGUGUACGGGAGCAGGCAUUCCCAGACCCAGUGCCAUGAAGGUGAAGGGAAACUGGGGAACAGACUGUACCAAGGCUAAGCGUCGUCGCCGCUGCUCUUCGUAUGACCCUACUACAAGAGCUCAGAAUGUGACCUCGGAGCUACAGUCAGAGCUGGAGGACGGCGUCGGGGUGAACGAAACGGAUCUGCUGUCGGUAGCAGAGAUGGUGGCCCUAGUUGAGCAGCGCACGGCCAUGGCCUUGCAAGGCAUAGCAGCCCAAGGACAAAUGACCUCGAUCAACCAGCAGCAUACAGUCCUCCACAGUUCUGUUUCAGAUUCUCCACCUGUUGUAUUCCUUUCAGAAUCAUCUCCUGCUGCUCCAACCUCCAAAAGUGACUUUGAACAACAACGGCAGCAGCAAGAAUCCAGACGUGUUGCUCAGGCAGUAGCGCGAUUUGAGUCUCAGCAGCAAAAUCUGGAGAGUACAAUACUGCGACCUCAGAUUCAUGACUCUGGUAAAGACCGGGAUUGUGCCGGGAGCGAAACCGGAGCAAACGGCCAAAGCCACGGUCGAGGGGAAGUUAGGAUCGCGUUUCGGGUGUCUAGUUUGGAUCCGCGGUCCCAGUCCGAGCCUGAAGGUCGCCCCAGGUGCAUGUUUAUGAGCUGUGGGACUGGAGCGGGACAGGCAGCAACCAGGGCCAAAGAAAAGAUUACAUGUGACCUUUACCAACUGGUUAGCCCUUCAUCUCGAGACUCCAGUACCGUCCUGUCUGGCUCAUCGAAAUCAGAUUCCACAGGAGAAGACAUCACGGAGCGGCCUCCCUCCACCGCUACGGACCAUGCCCCAGACCACUGCUCGGGAGAGAAAAAGGCUGUCUCACGUGAGCGUGUGACCGGUUUCCACGUUGAAGUUGUAGUCACAGGAGCUGUGGACCAGUGUGUCUUCUACGGUAAGGACAGCACCGAGAAUGUCCAAGAAGAGACCGUUUGUAUAGCUAUGCCCAGCGGGGCUAACCGAGCCGACGUUUUAGAAGAACCUCCACCCGGCCAGCUUUUCUUUCUCCAAAGCCCAUCCAAAGCUGAAGACGAAAGCAGUUCGGGGAUCUCCAGCGGAAUGCGCUCUUUGGAUCGUGGGAAUACCGGCGGCUCGGUGGGGAGUGCGGUGGAGCGGCCGUCCAGCCCGAUCGCUGGUGUGGAAGACUGCGCAGAUAAAUCUCUCUGCCGCCUCUACCGUCAUGUCUCCCACGACUUCCUGGAAAUCCGUUUCCAGAUCCAGCGGCUUCUGGAGCCACGGCAGUACAUGCUUAUGCUUCCCGACCACAUCAUGGUGAACAUCUUCAGCUACUUACCCACCCACUCGCUAGCAGCCUUGAAGUGCACCUGUCAUGACUUUAAGGCCCUGAUCGAGACCUACGGUGUGCGCGCCACAGACUCUCGCUGGAACCAGGACCCGCUGUAUCGCGACGACCCCUGCAAGCAGUGCAAGCGGCAGUAUGAGCGGGGGGACGUCUCGCUUUGCCGCUGGCACCCCAAACCUUACCACCACGACCUGCCUUAUGGACGCUCGUAUUGGAUGUGUUGCCGGCGCACGGACAAGGACACACCGGGAUGUCGAGUCGGACUGCACGACAACAACUGGGUACAGCCAUGCGACAUGGUUCAGGCCCGCGCCAAAAGAGAAGAUGGAAGGUAAAGACAGGAGCAGGGCGGUUCUGGGUUUCCUUUCUUACUCUCACUUUGCCUAAACCUCAUGACGGUGUAAUAUUUAUGAUUGAGCCUGCCUCCCUCCCCAACUCAGCUUUGUUAACCUUGCUAUCAUGUCAGUAUCAGUUCUUAGCAGUGCAGCAUACUUAAAUCUGACACUCAUGUGUGAAUACCGGCGCUGAUUAAAUGAGGUUAAUGUCUGCUGCAUGGGACUCGAUCUUUGUAAAUCGGUUAGAAAUCCUUUCCGGCUUGGCGGUGUUUUCCUAAAACCAGCACCCAAGCCGAUCCCAGCCUUCCCAAACCUGCAGUCUAGGCGUUGAUUUUGUCUUGCUAAAGUCGUUAACUGUGUUGAGGUUGGAUGUCGUUUUCUUUACUGACCCUGGGGCAAAAAAAGAGCAAAAAUGAUGUCACUUUACAAAUACCCGAUGUCACUUUGUAAUUAAUAGUUCUCCUGCUUAGGUUUUUGUUGUUGUUUUUCCCUCUUGUUUGUUUAACGUGUGUGUGUGUGUGUGUGUGUGUGUGUGUGUGUGUGUGUGAGAGAGAGAGAGAGAGAGAGAGAUAAUAUGAAUUCUUUUCCUUAAUUUUUUUUCUUUUUUUGGGUUUCAAUGUUUGCAAAAAUACGAUCAAUAUCAAAACAAAUGUAUUUCUUGUUCAGCCCUGUUCCUCUGCCACGCCCCUGCAGCAGCCAGGUCGCUAAUAACCUGUCUUUGCUUUCUGUUUGUGAAUUAUUUUUUAUUUAAUUUUUUUUUUUUU